AUGCUCCUUUACCUGCUCACCACCCUACUUCUUCUACUUAAUGUCUUCUCACAGGACACUGUUUUGGCUAGGGAAUGUGUUGAUGAAGCGCCAAAGCGGGCUUGCGAUACGAUAGAACGGAAAUACAACUGCAGAGGCGACUGGCAGUACGUAGCCGAAAUUGGCUGCAGAAGAACAUGUGAUCUAUGUGGAGACCAGUAUGAUGAUUAG